AUGCAUAUCAGAGUGAAGUACUCUGACGCAGCGCUAAAAGCCGGUACGGGGUUUGAGCUCACCAACCGACCUUUGCGGAAUGCUCGUGUUCGUGUGCACGGCGACCUGCCGCCUGUGCGGAUCCCAGCUGCCCUGCAGUCCGCAGGCCUUCCCCUUCCACCCUCUGCCUCCCCCGACGCGGGCGCAGUACCUUCAGCGGACCAGCGUGCGGCGGAUGAGCAGUCCCCGCCUGCUCCAGAUGUGCCCUCCCUCCUCGCGGACACAGUGGCCCAGCUGGCGUUCGAGGUGUCUGGUCAGACGGACCUGCGUCGACGACUGGUGGAGCUGACCAAGUGGCUGGCGUCCAAUCGGGUUGUGACACCUCGCAUGCUGCAAGAUCGCUGCGAGGAGGAGUUGCUGUGGGAGGCGGAGCUCAUCAAGAUGGAGCCGGCGGAGCUCAAGAAGAAAUGUGUGCGUGUGAACACGCGGCUGGUGUACACACAGACCAAGUUCAAUCUGCUCCGAGAGGAUUCCGAGGGAUAUGCAAAACUGAUCACCAUACUGAGUCAGAAGGGCCCGCUGGGACUCAACUCACGGUCAGCGAGCGCUGUGGUGGACGCUGUGAAGUCACUCAUCGGCCUCUUCGACCUGGACCCAAACCGCGUGUUUGACAUAGUGCUGGACUGCUACGAGAUGCAGCCCACCAACUCUGCCUUCCUCCACCUCGUCAAGCUCUUCCCUGAGUCGCACGCGCCUCAGAUCCUCGGGUUCAAGUUCAGCCACUACCACCGCCUCAUCGCCACCGCUGCUGCUGCCUCUGCUGCUGGAAGCAAAGGAGCGAAGGAGGGCGGAGGGAACAGCCAAGGGGGGGAGAAAGGAAGUGCAGGGAAAGCGGGGGCAGGGGGAGGAGGGGCGGGAAGAGGUGAUGGUGAUGGCGAGGGGGGGGAGAAGGGGGAGGGUGGGAGUGGGGCGGAGGGGCGCAUACCAGACAGCCUGUUUGUGCUAGCGGCUAACUGCCUCAAGAGCAACGUCGUGCAGCUCACUGCCUUGUACCCGUUCUUGGACCCCCCAGACGAGGAGGCAGAGGCACACAGCAAGGAGAUAAACGCUCAGAGAAUAGCGGAUGUGAACCGCAUAGGCAAGAUCAACCUGGCAGCGACGGGGCGGGACCUGACAGACGACCCGCAGCCAGCAGACGUGACGAUCGACCUGUACGGGGCGGUGGACGGGCAGGAGAGUGCUGCUGCCAAGGAGUGGGGCGAGGCGGAGGGCAACGAUAAGAUGCGCCUGCUCAAGGCGCUGCUGCUCGUGGACGACUGGCCCCAUGCACGGCAGCUGCUGGAGCACCUGAGGCCGCUGCACCCUGUCGCCCACCCCCCCAUCUGCACCGCCCUCUGCUUCCUCAUAUCCCGCUCCAUCGCUCCAGCCUACCAUGCAGUUCGCCCAGCCUACCUUCUCAGCCUUAAAAACCAGCAUCCGGCCGAUGUUACCUCAUCACCAAACCUGCCUUCUAGCCUCGGUGCCUCCCGAGCCUCGGAUGGAGAUGUGGAUAUGACUGAAGCCGGCCCGGUGGAUGGAGUGGCAGGGGGCAGGAGGAAAGGGGAGAGGGCGAGGGGGGACGAGGAGGAUGACGAGGGAGAAGGGGAGAAAGACAGAGGAGUGGGAAAGGAGGUGGUGGAGAGCAGGACAGGGGGGACGCAGGUGCCCGGGAGGGUGUUUGAGAUGCUUCGGUUCCUGGGGGCCUUUCUCUACCAAGACACCAUUCUUCUGCAGAAGCUGUGCAAGGUGCUCAAGGCAGACCUCCUCCAAGCCCGCGCCGCUGCUGCAACCGCUGCCGCCACAGCCGCUGCUUCUGCAGCCUCCUCCGCUCCUGCAGCUCUCUGUAAUGGCCCUUCUCUUGUCGCUCUCACACCAGCAGCAACAGCCAACGGCCCAGUUUCUCCUGAACCCGACUCUUUGCUCGCUGCCCCUGACGCUCCGGCUGCUACUGCAGCAUCAGCAGAAGCAGAGACAGCAGCAGCGGCAGCGAGGGAGGUGGAGGGGCGGGUGGUGGAAGCACUAGAGGCGUCGCUGCUGCCAGCGCUGCAGGCGGUGGUGGCGAGUCCGCCGGUGUGCAUGCAGCUGUGGGAGGUGCUCGCAUGCCUGCCCUUCCAGGAGCGCUACCGGCUGUACGGCGAGUGGGAGAAGGAGACCGAGACCAACCCCCUGGUGCUCGCUGCAAGGCAGAUUGCCAGGGUGAGUGAUAGGAGUUCAGUUCAGGCUCCCCCGCCUCACCCCCUCUCCCGCCCUCCCCCCAUUCAGCUGGACAUGCGGUGCACGCUGAGGCGGCUGGCGAAAGAGAAUCUGAAGGCCACACUGGACACGCGGAGAACACUGAAGCGGCUGGCGAAGGAGAAUUUGAAGCCGACGGGGCGCAUGGUGGCGAAGCUGGCACACUCCAACCCGCUCACUGUGCUCAGAACCAUCGUGGUGCAGGUGGAGGCGUACAAGGAGAUGAUACCGCCUGUCGUCGAUGCCUUCAAGUAUUUCAACCAGUUGGAGUUUGACAUUCUCGAGUACGUGGUGAUAGAGCGCCUGGCCCUACCACGCAGCACCAUCAAGGAGGACGGACUCAACAUCGCCGACUGGCUGCAAUGCCUCGCCUCCUUCUGGGGCUCCGUGUGCAAGAAGUACCCUCUGGUGGAGCUGCGGGGGCUCUUAAGCUACUUAGUGAACCGGCUGCACCAAGGCGAGGCGGUGGAGCUGGUGUUGCUGCAGGAGCUGAUGGAGCAGAUGGCUGGCAUUGAGUCGAAUGAGAACCUCACAGAGGAGCAGCUUGAGGCGCUGGCUGGGGGGGAGACUCUCAGGCAGCUCACUGCUAGCUUCGGGCAGGCCAAGAACAACAAGGCCAUGGCACGGUCUAUGGGGCGGCUCAAGGAUGCCCUGCUGCCGGGCAAGGGCGAGCCGAAUCUCGCCGUGCCGCUGCUGGUGCUCAUUGCACGGCAACGAUCCAACAUUGUGUUUGAAGCAGAGGGGUCACACAUCAAGCUACUCAGUGAGCACUUCGACCGCUGCCACCUCAUCAUGCUACAGUACGCACAGUUCCUCUCUGCUGCCCUCUCGCCGCCCGCCGCGUACGCCGCCUUCAUGCCGGCCCUGCACACGCUCUCCCAGCGCUUCCACAUGCCGCCCGAAGCCGCCUUUCUGUUCUACCGCCCGGUGCUUCGCCUCUUCAAGCCCGGCGCUGAUUCCCCCGUCUCCUGGCCUGCUCUUGCUGCUGGGAUUGGUGCGGGUGGGAGUGGUGGGGGUGGUGGGAGGGGAGGGGAGAAGGAGAAGAGGCAGCAGCAGCAGGGGGCGAGGAAGGGGGCAGGGGAUGGGGUGGCAAUGGAUGGGGUGGUGGAGGAUGGGGUGGAGGGGGAGGGGGAUGGGGAAUCAGAGGAGGACUUGGUGCUGUGCCUGGGAGAUGCGGCAGCUACAACUGCAACUGCUGCAACUGGUACUGCUGCUGCUGUUUCCACUAGUGCUGCUGCGGCUGCUGCUGCUGGCGCCGAUGCCACUGACAGCCCCGUGCACUGGCGGGACGUGGUGGAGUGGGUCCGAAACAUGCCGCCCGCAGCAGCGUGGCGGGGCUUGUCGCCGCCCUUCUACCUGCUCUUCUGGGGGCUGUCUCUCUGUGACCUGCAUGUGCCGCGGCAGCGCUACGAAGCAGAGAUGGCCAAGCAGAGAGCGCUGCUGCGCUCCCUUGAAGACAUUGGGGAUUCAUCAGGCUCUGCUAUUCAGCGCUACGAGGCCGAGAUGGCCAAGCAGAGAGCGCUGCUCCGGUCCCUCGAAGACAUUGAGGACUCCUCAGGGAUCAGCAAUCCAGAAAAGCCCCUGGGUCUUUCACUGGCGAUCUUCCCUGCCAACUCGCCCUUCGUGCCGUGCCGUCCCUCCCAUCAUCACCUCCCCCACCCACCGCAGAAGCGCAAGAAGGAGAAGGAGCGAGUGCAGGAGGUAUUGGACCGGCUCUCAGCCGAGCUGGCUCGGCAGCAGGCUCGGGUCGAGGCUGUGCAGCGGCGGCUGGUUCGGGACCGGGCGCGCUGGCUGAGCCCUGCAGCCGUGCCGGACAGUUGGCGCAUUGUGCCAUGCUUCCUCCACCACUGCGUCAUUCCGCGCAUGCUCAUGAGCCCAGAGGAUGCUGUGUAUUGCGCCAAGUGA